UUUGAGUGCAAUUCAAAUCAUCUAGUCUCUAACUUAAAAUUCGCUGUUUGUACGCUGACUGCUUUUCAAAUAUUUUCUGUUCUCAAGCCUUAUAAAAAUUAUAAGUCUUACCGUGAAUUAGGGAAUACUUAAUACGCUAGCCAUUGGUAACUUAUAUCAUUGCGUCACAAGUAUAGGAUUUCGUUUUUGAACGAUCGACCGUGCCGAGGGCUACCUGUUGUACAAGUUCAGGACAAUUAGCAGAGCUGUAUAGCAUAUAGCACUUUGCAACGUUAGGCAAGAUCAUACCUGGCGCUCUUGCCGGAUGACCUGAUAAUAUCGGCACAUGUGGCGUUGGAUGUGCCAGUGGCGGCGAGGACACGACGAAUAGAAGAGGGAGUGGAGAUUAUCAGCUAUCGCAGUGAUCAUGGCAGCCGAAAGCAAAGCGUCGGCCAAGAUGUCGCCAGAACAGUUAGAAGAAUAUAAACAGGCAUUUAGUGUAUUUGACAAGGAUGGAAGCGGGUCGAUCACCUCGGUCGAGUUGGAGUCGGUGAUGAAGUCACUGGGACAGAAUCCGACCAAAGAAGAGUUAGACGCUAUGGUGCAGGAAGUGGAUGCUGACGGGAAUGACGAAAUUGACUUUGAUGAGUUCUGUGACUUGAUGAUGCGUAAGGCGGCUGAGGGUAGCAAUGACGACGCUGAGCUGAGGGAAGCUUUUCAGAUCUUUGAUACCAAGGAUCAUGGUUACAUCACGCUUAUGGACCUUAAAAAUGUGAUGAUUUCACUUGGCGAGAAGUUAUCGGAUGCUGAGCUGGAGGACAUGAUUAAGGAGGCUGAUGCUAAUAAUGAUGGGAAAAUACAAUUUGAAGAAUUUGUGCGGAUGAUGACUGACAAAUGGUGAUGGACAGGGCUCGCAGCAGACUGUGAUAAAGAUACUUCCUUGGGCCGGGGGGGG